AUGGUACCGAGCUCCCCCUUCUCUACCUACACCCCAUUCCCCUCAUUCGUCCCUCAAACCACGUUGCAGUACUCGCCUUUCGUUUUUCCCAAUUCGAUAGCAAACACACACGCCACGACGUCUCUACGACAUCCAGCCAGUCCCAACGCCUCUGGCGAUGGGACUCGCCGCAACGGUCGACGUGAAAGGACGUCCUUUAAUAGACUACAGCUUGAGCAUUUGGAGCGCGUCUUCAGAGAAACCCAUUAUCCUGACCUCUAUAAAAGGGAGGAAGUUGCCAGAGCUAUAAACUUACAAGAAGCCAGAGUUCAGGUAUGGUUCAAGAACCGACGAGCAAAAGACCGCCAACUCAAAAAGACGCACCUGCUACAAAACAGCGGAAGAACGGCCUCUGGAUCGUCCUCCAAUGAAAGUCCCCCUCCUGAGCCAAAGGUUGUGGAUCUGAAAGCCAUGUCACACAUUCCGUUACCUGGUACUGCAGAAUUCGAUCAACGUAAUGAUUCGAAAUACCUCACUGUGGGUAGUAUGGGAUUGAAAUUGGAGAAGGAUGAGUACAAGUUGGUGGACAAUAAGUAUCCGAGCAAUUCUGCUACACCAACAACAUGGGCUUAUCCUCUUCCUGCUGCAAACUACUCCAUCUACAAUAAUUUCUAUGCUACUCCUCCAAAUUACUAUCAUCAAUAUGGAUACACUUCAGACUAUACACCACAAAAUCCGUCAUAUUGCGGACAGCUAUAA